ACACACCACACCACACCACACCACACAUUGACCGACUGAAAGUAGAGCAAGACGGAGGCAAGAACACACACUAUAAAAUAAAUAAUAAUAAUAAUGGAGGAAGGAGACACUCAUCUGUCUGAAACCAGAGAAGAGACACACUAUGGAGGAAGGGGAGACACACACUCCUUCAUAGCACACAGAGCUACUGUUGUCCCAGGACAAGGUAAGGCACAUCAGCCAGCUGUGGCAGUCAGAACCAGCUAACAAGCAGUCUUUCUGUAUCCACACAUGAACUGAACCACACAAUUUUCCUUGCAAACACACACACCGUUUGAAAGUCCACCCAUAGAUGUCCUAUUCAGAUAGUUGGGAGUGAGGCCCAGAACCAGGCGCGUGGGGAGUGAGGCCCAGAACCAGGCGCGUGGGGAGUGAGGCCCAGAACCAGGCGCGUGGGGAGUGAGGCCCAGAACCAGGCGCGUGGGGAGUGAGGCCCAGAACCAGGCGCGUGGGGAGUGAGGCCCAGAACCAGGCGCGUGGGGAGUGAGGCCCAGAACCAGGCGCGUGGGGAGUGAGGCCCAGAACCAGGCGCGUGGGGAGUGAGGCCCAGAACCAGGCGCGUGGGGAGUGAGGCCCAGAACCAGGCGCGUGGGGAGUGAGGCCCAGAACCAGGCGCGUGGGGAGUGAGGCCCAGAACCAGGCGCGUGGGGAGUGAGGCCCAGGUGUGUCCAAUGGGCAGUGGUGCCAGUAGACUCUACAGCUCCCUGGCCCAGACCCUAGUCAACAACAACACCACUACCACGCCCCUGGCCCAGACCCUAGUCAACAACACCACUACCACCCCGCUGGCCCAGCACCCCUCCCCCUCACAGGGGUGUCAUUCUCCCCCGGGGGGGCACCCCCUGGAGCUGCUGAGGGAGUGUGAGGAGGCUCUACGGGACAGGCCUCCUCGCCUCCUCAGAGCCUUCAUCUGCCCCGGGGAGGGAGAGGUGGACAGGGAGGAAGUGGACAACGAUGCCACCCAGAGGACCAUCAGAGUUAUGCAGUGGAACAUACUGGCUCAAGCUCUAGGUGAAGGUAUGGACAGUUUCGUCAACUGUCCCCUGGAAGCCCUGAACUGGGCGGAGCGUAAAUACCUCAUCCUAGAAGAGAUCCUCACCUACCGACCUCACAUCCUGUGUCUACAGGAAGUCGACCACUACUACGACACCUUCCAGCCAAUCCUGGCCAGCCUGGGUUACCGCGGCAACUUCUGCCCCAAGCCCUGGUCUCCGUGUUUGAAUGUGGAGGGCAACAACGGUCCGGAUGGAUGUGCUCUGUUCUACGAUGAAGCCCGGUUGGACUUGGUGGAUAGUGUGAAUGUCCGGCUGUGUGCCCUUUUAACACCCACCAACCAGGUGGCGGUCGUCACGACGCUGCGUUGCAGGGUGACAGGCCGGCGGCUGUGUGUUGCCGUGACGCACCUCAAAGCCCGGAGCGGCUGGGAAUGUCUCCGUAGUGCCCAGGGUUCCGACCUUCUCCGGAACCUCGCCACCCUCACCCAAUCACCGGGGGGUCCUUCGGGUCCCAUCGGCGUCUCCCCAGACACCCCUCUCCUCGUCUGCGGCGACUUCAACGCUGUGCCUUCAGAGGACGUCUACCAGCGUUUCGCAUCGUCACCGUUGAUCCUUGACUCCGCCUAUAAACGGUUAAGCCGGGACGGGCUUUCGGAACCGGCCUACACCACGUGGAAGAUCCGGCCGACGGGAGAGUGCUGCACCACAUUGGAUUAUAUCUGGUACUCUAGAGAAGCUUUCAGUGUGGACGCAGUGUUGGAUAUGCCUACAGAGGAACAGAUUGGCCCCAACAGGCUUCCGUCGUACAACUACCCCUCCGAUCACCUCUCGCUGGUGUGUGACUUCAGCUUUAAAAAGCAGCAGGAGGAGUGAAGAGGAUCAUAUGGACUCUUGAUUGACAAUUCGAGGGACGGAGGGAACAGAACGAGGGACGGAGGGGACAGAACGAGGGACGGAGGGGACAGAACGAGGGACGGAGGGGACAGAACGAGGGACGGAGGGG